UGCUCACUAACCCUAAACUCACCGCCUAUUGUUGCGCGCGCGCUCUCUCUCUGGCUGUGUUUCUCUCUUCUUGCUACCGCGCGAUACGUGGGGAGGUCGAAGGGUGGAAGAGUGGUACUGAAGAGAGCCGCUCGAUUUUCCUGUCGAGGGGAGAAAGGGAGGAAGAGAAUAUGGAGCCGCAGGGGAGCAGCGGCAUCGUGGGCAGUAGCCGGAGGGGGAAGAAGCGGGAGACCGUGGAAGUGAAGGUGGACGUCGUCCCUGAGGCGGAGGGUCUUGUCGCCCCCUUCGUCGGUUACUUCCCUUCCGGCUUCGACAUCGGUUCCUCGUCCGAGGGGAAUGACGGGGUGAGAGUCAGGGCCUUCAGGAACACCGACAAGUUCAAGAAGGGACGUCUGCAGCUGGUGAUCAACGACGACAAUGCCGGCGUUGAUUUCGUAGGCACCAACUACUCCGGUGAAGGUGCCCUAUUCCAGCCCUGCACUUACGCCCUCGGCGUUCUCGACAAGAACAACGGUUCCCUUAAGAUCCUCCCCAUCGCCGGAAACAAGAUCUUUAGGUUGGAACCGAGAGUGAGGGGUUUACAGUAUGUACACACAGGGGCAGUUGAUGUAGAGGAAGAGAAGCUCACUGAUGAGAAUAGGCUCGAUAAACUGAGAGCUCUUACAUCUUCUUUUGGAACAAAGCGAUCAAAGAGUCAGGUCACCAGGCGGGAGUCAAGGCGCCUAAAAGAAGAAAAUCUUGAUUUAAAAGAGGCAGCUGAGAACUUAAUUAAGGAUGCUAAUGUUCAAGGAAAUGUAAAGACACGACAAGAAGUUUUGCAUGAUACAAACACGUCCAUCGAACGAAAUAUUCCACCUUAUGAUCUUACUGCCGUGUCAGUAGAAAAUGUUUAUCCAUUGGACAAGAUUAUUCUGGAAACAGAGUGGGAACAUCUUUAUGACAUUUUAGAGCUGCUGGAGGCUGAAGAUGGUGGUUCUGCUUCUGAAAUUCUCGGCAGAAAUGGAUAUCCUAUUUUUGUCUGUAACAGGGUUCAUAAAGUCAUGCAGAUUAUGGACCUGGAAAAACGGGAAAAGCUUGCUGGCAUACUCUCGUACAUUACUUGCCUUUUAAAGUUUAUGAGUAUACCUAGUCAUUCUAUUGAUAAGUUGGUGACAGCCAACACUGAGAAGUAUAAAGAAUCAUCCACGAUACCAGGGAUCAUCCUUAUAAAGUUCAUGAAGAUGUUUGCUGAUGCACAGAAAAGUAUGCUGUCCAGAGAGAAAUCUCAGCUACUCAUUAGUUAUAUCCUGGUUCUCACUCUGUUCGUGGAUGAAUUUGAUAGUGACCCAUCUGAUAUUGCCAAAGAUUUGAAGAUGACACCGGCAAGUCUCAAACCAUAUUAUAUGGAAUUGGGAUGUGGAUUUAGAAAAUCUUGUGUCAUUCUGUCUUUGCCUCUGAAAUUCCCCACUCUGAGAUUGCCCUCGCAGGGUGGUCGUCGCAAUCGUCGGUGAGCACCAAGCAGGUAGGAGUCAUUCCUGUAGUUGGAGCACUUUUGACGAUGGUUCAUGCACACCGUCCUGCUAACCUGGUGGAGGACUAGGGUGGCGACAACAUUAAUCUAUUCUGUUGAUGUUUGGCAGCUUCUUGAAGUCAUUUUGUGGAUAGAUCUUUUACAGAAGAUAAUGUAGAAUCAUGUGUUGAACUCUGA